GCAUGCGCGUUAUCAAUAUUCCCAAGAAACAGCUUGCGUGCCAGAGCCUAAAAAGUCGAUUUCCAAACAAAUAUUUCCUCGUUUCUGUAUUUUCAUUUUUGUUGCCCUGAACACUUGAUUAACUAUGUCGAGUGCGAAUCAAAAUUCUCGUAUAAAGUCAUACAAAAACAAGGGCCUUGACGCCGAAGAAUUGCGAAGGAGACGCGAAGAGGAAGGAGUUCAACUGAGGAAAGCUAAACGCGAAGAACAGGUUUUCAAACGACGAAAUGUCGAAUCGUCUGAAAUUGACGCUUCAACUCCCGAAUUGGAUGCCUUGCUUAACGACCCGGCAAGGAGUGCAUUGGCGCAGUCAAUGAUUGAAAAACUUUACACAGAAAAUGAAGAAGAGCAGCUACUUGUCACUCAGCAGUUGCGUAGACUUUUAUCAAAAGAACCCAAUCCUCCUAUUGAGGAAGUUGUCAACAGUGGAGUGAUUCCUAGACUUAUUGAAUUCUUGCAAAGAGAAGAUAAUCAUGUCCUUCAGUUUGAAGCUGCGUGGGCAUUAACAAACGUCGCAUCUGGGACACAGACUCAGACAAGACAUGUUGUUGAAGCUGGAGCUGUUCCAAUAUUCAUUGCUUUGAUGAAGUCACCACAUGAAGAUGUUCAAGAACAGGCCGUUUGGGCUCUUGGUAACAUCGCUGGUGACAGCCCCGAAUGUCGAGAUUUUGUCAUCAACAAUGGCAUGUUAGAACCAUUAUUAACGAUCAUAACAACAUCAGGAAAGUUAAGCAUGGUAAAGAACUCUGUGUGGGCUUUAUCAAAUCUUUGUCGAGGAAAAAAUCCACCUCCUGACUUUGGCAAGGUCUCUAUAUGUCUACCGGUGUUGGCUCGUCUUAUAUUCAAUGGAGAUGGGUCAACAAUGCAUCAAACCGAUCCCGAUAUAUUGGCUGAUGCAUGCUGGGUAUUGUCUUAUCUCUCCGAUGGUCCUAAUGACAAAAUUCAAGCUGUUAUUGCAUCUGGUGUUUGUCGUAAACUUGUUGAAUUACUGCUGCAUCCAUUCAACACAGUGGUAUCGGCAAGUCUUAGAGCUGUUGGUAAUAUUGUGACUGGUGAUGAUACACAAACACAGGUUAUUUUAAACUGCAAUGCUCUACCGAGUUUGCUGCGUUUGUUGAGCUCAUCUAAGGAGAGCAUACGAAAAGAAGCUUGUUGGACGCUAUCUAAUAUCACCGCUGGUAAUCGUGUUCAAAUACAGAUGGUGAUUGAUGCAAACAUUAUACCAAUGUUGAUUGAAAUAUUAAGCAAAGCGGAAUUCAAAACAAGAAAGGAAGCGGCAUGGACCAUUACAAAUGCUACAUCUGGUGGUACUCCGGAACAAAUCAGAUAUCUCGUUGAUCAAGGCUGUAUUCCACCUCUUUGCGAUCUUCUUACCGUUAUGGACAUGAAGAUUAUCCGUGUUGCACUCAACGGUCUCGAAAAUAUUUUGAAAAUUGGCGAUUUGGACGGCAAGCUAAGCGGGGAGACAAAUAAAUAUGCGCUUAUUGUGGAGGAAAGUUAUGGUCUCGACAAGAUCGAGUUUCUUCAAAGUCACGAAAACGAAGAAAUUUACAAGAAGGCUUUUGAAAUACUCGAGAAUUUCUUUUGUACAGGUGAUGAAGUGGAGCAAAUUGUUCCACACACCAACGAUGAUGGACAAUUUCAAUUUGCACCGAAUCUUAACAUUCCUCAAAACGGUUUUGAGUUUGAGCACGGUCCUUAAAUGUUAGAAUACCCCCCCCCCUAAAUUAUUGACAGUUAAAAUCCAUACUGUUAAGAGUGAGACCCCUGUGUGUGGAAUGAUCGUUGAGUACCCCUUGAAUGAGGAUGAGAUAAAAUGUUAGUUUGAGAGAGAAAUACCAAACUCUUUGAGAAAUAUACGGAUAAUUUUACGAAAGUUGUGAAGGGUUGCACGAAAGGAUAUGGAAGGUAUACGUGAAGAUAUGGAGGAUAAGAAAGGAUAUGGCGGAUAUACGAAUGGAUAUGGAGGAUGUACGAAAGGGUAUGGAGGAUGUACAAAAGGAUAUAGAAGAUGUGCGAAAGGAUAUGGAGGAUGUACGAAAGGAUAUGGAGGAUGUACGAAAGGAUAUGGAGGUGUACGAAAGGAUAUAGAGGAUGUACGAAAGGAUAUGGAGGAUGUACGAAAGGAUACGGAAAAUAAUUCGGAAGGAUGUGAAGCUAUACGAAAGAUUAUGGAGGAUAAUACUAAAGGAUAUGGAAGUUCAAGCGAAAGAAUGUUUAAUAGUUUAUAAACGCAUAUAAAGAAUUAUAACAAAAUAAGUGUGACAGUAAAUGUAAUAUGAAUGUGUCGUGUGAUUGUAAAAUGAAUAUUUCAUGUUUGUAAAUUCUCUUAACACAUUUGAUGUAUGAAGCAACAGUUAAAAUAUUCCAGGAUUAAUUGCACAAUAAUAAAAUAUUUUGCUACUCUA